AUGUCGAACGCCCCUGCCGCUGCCACCACCACCACCACCAACAACAACAACAACUCCGCUGCCGCCGCCGAGAAGAAGGCGAAGAAGGCCGAGCGGCGCCGGCGGCAGCAACGCCGCCGCCGCGCGAACAAGGCUGCCAAGAAGGCAGCAGCUGCCGCAGCCGAAGCCGCCGCCGCCGCCGACGACGACGAGGAGGCCGAGGAGGAACCUGUGGCCCCUGGGCCGGAAGAAGAAGAGAAGCCGGCCGCCAAAGACGGCGAAGACACGGUCUUGCCAGACCGCACUUUCCUUCAGAGACUGUUGCAGCAACCUCAGCUGCGCUCACGUCUAACGACAAUGCGCACGAAAACCUGA